AUCAUAAUAGUUCGAUUUCAUCAUGUUAUCAGCUACUUCAGUACUUGGUCUCUAAAACUUGUAGAUCUAGACUAGAUUUCUAAGUCUCUCUAGAUUCUAGAUCUAUAAUAACAUACAAAUAGAGACUAUCCCCAGGCACAUCAUUUCGGAAAAUAUGAUUCUAGAGAUUCUAGACUGACUAGAGUCUACACUUAUUACACUACAGUCCACAGUAACUGAGUAAGUGUUAAAUGCAAGUCUAAGUCCGCAAUUCCAAGUAUCAUUGCAUUAGUCAUAAAAAGAAACAAAGAAUGGCCCAGUCUGGUAAAGCAAAUAUGAAGCAGAUGGCAUCCAAGAAAUCUCCAGAAGGUGGAGGUAGUGGCGGAAAGAAAAAGAAUAAACAAAAGAAGUCUUCAUCAGAGCACUUAGGUGAUGGGGCACCUUCAUCAGCCUUGGCAUCAUCUAACAAAUUAUCUGAAGCAGCCACACCUGUUAAACUGAAUGAGGGAGCCAAAGCCAGUGUGGACAAAAAGAUACCACAGAAUGCUCUGAAUGAAAUAAAGGACAAAAGUAAACAUCAAUCUGUAGAGGUCAGUGACAUAGUCAGUGGCAUUGAGAAACUGAAUGUACUGCCAAAGAAUGCUAGUGAUGCACCAGCAUCAGAAGCAAAGGUGAAGGAAGAUGCACAAAAUAAGGCGGAGGCUGACAAGCCUGACAAAGCCAAAAAAGAAACUAAAGAGGAGAACACUAAAUUGCCUGAUGUUUCUGGUAAAAAGAAAGAGAACAAAAAGGAAGUGGGUGGUGGUGAGUCAGCACUGGCACCAAGUGGGGAGACAAAAUCAAAGUCACAGUUGAGAGCAGAGAGAAGAGCCACUCAGGAAGCACAGCGGGCAGCAAAAGAAGCCAAAAAGUCAGAAGGUGGACCAUCUGCUAGUGUCAACUCAUCUGCAUCAGCUACUAAAUCAGUGGCUGCUUCAGCUGUUAAAAGUUUGGCGACUACAAAAGUUGUAGUGGCCAGCUCUGAGAAACCAAAAGCAGCGCCAGUACAGUCCAGCAGUGACAAACAAAAAUUAGAGGACACAUCAAAAAAGGUUGUUGCAAAGAAGGUGGCAGACACUGAGACAGAAGAGCAAAUGUGGUCUAGGAUGGAAAAAGAAAUUAUGGGCAAAUCCUUAAAGAUAGACAACAGGGUACUGAAUCUAGGUUUUCAAUAUUUUUAUCACAAGAUUGUUGGUGCCAAUGCCAGAUGUCUUGCCAUGUUAAUCACAUUCAGGGAGGUGAUAGGGGGAUAUAAAACGCCAGAAGAAAAAGAUCUUUCAAGAGACUUGGAGAAAAGUCUGUUGAACCCAUGUAUAAAGUAUCUCAAUUACUGCAGGCCUAUUAGCAUCAGUAUGGGGAAUGCCAUCAAAUACUUAAAGUAUCACAUCAGCAAGAUACCAUCUAACAUGGAGGAUGAGGCAGCCAUCAGUAAACUUCAGAAAUUGAUUGAUGAAUUUAUCACAGAGAAAAUUAUUGGGGCCUCAAAGACAAUUGCAGAAUACAGCAAAGCCAAGAUUAACAACAACGAUGUCAUUUUGAUCUAUGCUGGAUCGUCUUUGAUAGCCAGAGUGUUGAAGGAUGCACACAAAGCUGGCAAAAAGUUUCGGGUGAUAGUUGUUGAAGGUCGGCCUCGUACAGAAGGAAAGACAAUGUUGAGAUUUCUGGUCAGAUGUGGGAUUCCAUGCUCUUAUAUCUACAUUGGUUCUGCUGUGUAUGCUAUGAGCGAGGUGACCAAAGUCUUUUUGGGGGCUGCAGCCAUGUUUGCAACAGGAGACAUGUACUCCAGAUCAGGGAACUCCAUGAUUGCAGCUCUGGCCAGAGCCAACAACAUACCAGUGCUGGUGUGCUGUGAGACAUACAAAUUUUCUGACAAGGUCCAACUACACACUGGGGAUAGCAAUUUGCAUGCUCGGAGCCAUGACCUUAUCAGUGUGGGCCAGAGACCUCAAAUACUAGGUAACUAUGAAGAACUGGGUCUUCGUCUCUUGAAUAUUAUGUACGAUGUCACAGGCUCUAAAUAUAUCACGUGUCUGAUCACUGAGCAGGGACUCAUUCUGCCAGCAACCAUACCAGCCAUUUUGAGAAGACAUGAAGAUCUCCUGGAGGAGACAUCAGGAAAGUGAGAACUGUGAAUACUGUUAUGUGUUUUUCCUUUGGCUGUCAAAUUUGUGUGCCUGGAAUUACUUUGAACUUUUUAAAGACAUAGCCAACAUUACAAUACACAAUUAGUUUAUUCUGUAACUGCUGCUGGCUUAAAAAGGAAAGGAAUCAAAUAACAAGGUAAUUGUAACAUUGAAUUCAAGUGCAGAUAAUGAGGAGUCGUUCUCCCCAAGUCUUUAUUUUGAAGAAUAUGUUUCUGUUAUCAGACAUCUCUGCUCAGAUGUUUCUGUUGUUGGGCAUCUUGGCUCAGGUGUAAAAUGUUCUUGUCUGUUAAUUAAUUACUUGAUUGGUUUAUUUGUAUUAAUAGCUGAUUAUUUGAUUGGUGCAAAUUUAAAGUAAUUUCAUCUGUUGUUAGAUGAAUAGUACAAGUUACAAAUGAUCUUAUAUGCUAGAUUUAUAUUUGACUAUAAAUGACUGGUUUGGUUUCUUUGUAAAAUAUGAGUUUUAC